CAAUUUGACCUUGAGCUUUGCUUUCUGACGAAACAAAGAGCAACUGUUACUACCCAGUAUUCUAUCACAUGUUUAAUAACGAAGCCAAUUUGAGACAUUGAGAACAAGUAACAACUAAAUAAACUUGUUUGCACUCAUUCAAAUGGCGUGCACACGUCACGGCCCCACCCGCGGUUUCGACCAAUCAGAACGCGCCAUUCGCGCACUCCCUCUCUAUAUAACGCGCGCACGCAUUUGAAUUAGCACUCACCAUUUGAGUGUUCCCGUCAUUUGUUCCUUAUAAUUAAAUGGGUAAAAGACUUAACAAUUCAACGAUUUGCAACUGGCUGAUAUUUCUGUUCAGCUUCAGUAAUUUGGAUAAAAUUUAGUUUUUUAUUAGUUUAUAUUGAAAUUUUUGCCAUACAGUAUUUUUAUUUUUUUUUUAAUUUGUUAUUAAUAAGUAAUUUUGUCGAAAUGCUGAAUAUUAAAGUUAUCCCCGAAGACUACGUCCAAAAGGCCGCAAAAUGCGCUCAAGUAGCGCUCGGCUGCAGCAGAGCUGCUCAUCAGGCUGCGCUGCGCGGCUCCAUCAAGCUCAACCCUCAACUCGCUGCUUUGACACCCAAGGUCCGCGCGUUUGUGGAGCGCAGUGCCGCGUUAUGCGAGCCGGAGCAUGUCCACGUGUGCGACGGGUCGGAGGCCGAGGCGGGAGCCUUGCUACACCUCAUGCAUCAGCAGGGUACCGUCAAGCCGCUGCCGCAGUACGACAACUGCUGGUUAACCCGCACGGACCCGGCGGACGUGGCACGUGUGGAGUCCCGGACGUUCAUCUGCUCUGAACAUGAGCGAGACGUGGUGCCGAUUGCUCGCGCCGGACGGAAGUCCGCGCUUGGCAACUACAUCGCACCGCAUGAUUACGACAAGGCUGUAGCGGACCGAUUCCCUGGAUGUAUGCGAGGUCGCACGAUGUACGUGAUCCCGUUCUCUAUGGGCCCCGUUGGAUCUCCUCUCUCCAAGAUCGGCGUCGAAGUCACCGACUCACCAUACGUCGUCUACUCCAUGCGCGUUAUGACAAGAAUGGGCAACAAAGUCCUAGAGGCGCUCCGCAAAGACGAGCAGUUCGUACGCUGCCUGCACUCCGUGGGACGCACGCACGGCACCAACACCGCCGGCUGGCCGUGCGACCCGCAGCGCACCGUCAUCCUCCACCGACCCAUCGACAACGAGAUCAUCAGCUAUGGUAGCGGAUAUGGAGGCAACAGUUUGCUUGGAAAGAAAUGUUUCGCUCUCCGGUUGGGGUCAGUGCUGGCGCGUCGGGAGGGCUGGUUGGCUGAACACAUGCUGAUCGUAGGCAUAACCGACCCGAAAGGCCGCAAACGCUACAUCGCUGCGGCUUUCCCUUCGGCCUGCGGGAAAACCAACCUGGCUAUGAUGACCCCGACCCUGCCCGGGUACAAGGUGGAGUGUGUGGGUGAUGACAUCGCGUGGAUGAAGUUUGAUAACAACGGAGUACUGAGGGCAAUUAACCCUGAGAACGGAUUCUUUGGAGUAGCACCAGGAACCUCAACCUCAACCAACCCGAUAGCCAUGGCGUCAGUGUUCCGUAACACGGUGUUCACCAACGUAGCAGAAACAGCUGAAGGCGGAGUAUGGUGGGAAGGCAUGGGCAAGGCGCCCGAGGCUCUGAUUGACUGGAAGGGUCAACCCUGGGACCCUAGCAAAAAGACACCGGCAGCUCAUCCAAACUCUAGAUUCUGCACUCCAGCAGAACAAUGCCCGAUUAUAGAUGGAGAUUGGGAAAGUGCUGAAGGAGUACCCAUAUCAGCCAUCCUGUUGGGAGGAAGACGACCAGCUGGCGUGCCGCUGGUGAUCGAAGCUAGAGACUGGCAACAUGGCGUCUUCAUGGGAGCUGCCAUGAGGUCUGAAGCUACUGCGGCGGCUGAACAUUCUGGAAAAGUGGUGAUGCACGAUCCGUUUGCAAUGCGACCAUUCUUCGGGUAUAACUUCGGCGAGUACCUUCGUCACUGGCUCUCCAUGCCACAGGCUGGACGGCAAAUGCCGAAGAUCUUCCACGUCAACUGGUUCAGGAAAGACCAACAGGGUAAAUUCAUUUGGCCAGGAUUUGGGGAAAACUCUCGCGUUUUGGACUGGGUGCUGCGACGAUGCGACGACGAGCCGUGCCACGACUCCACACCACUGGGCUAUGUGCCGGCACCGGGGGCUCUCAACACUAAUGGCUUGAGCGACCUAAACAUGAAUGAGCUCUUCAGUAUACCCAAGGACUUCUGGAUGCAGGAGGCUGAUGCGAUAGAGAAAUAUUUCAAAGAAGAAGUCGGCGACGACCUUCCGAACGAGAUGUGGGACGAACUUAACAAACUGAGGAAAAAUAUUCAGCAGUCAUAGACUGUGGACACCAAAGAGAUCAUAAUAUUUUAAAUGUCGAAAUUAGAAUGAAUGGCAACAUUGUUUUGUAUAAUGCGUUCGAGGGUAAAACGAAAAACGUUACAAUAUAACGACUACGUUAUCCAUAGUAUUAAAUAUAUUUCCGGUAUAAAAAUAUAGCAAAAUAUAUUUACAAUUUUCAGAAUAGUAAUAAUAUUUUAGAAGGUAUGAUCAAAAAAUAAUAAUUAAUUUUAUAAAUGCUUCUUCUUUUACAUGACAAUAAAUUAAAACAAUAUUAAAUUCUCUAGAUUAGACAUAUAGUUAUCGAGCUUUUCUUAGACAAAAGCGUUUGUAUUUAGAGAUAAAGUAUUUUUUUAAUAGAACUAGAAAUAUACCUUUAUUUUUUGUCAUCGUCCAUAUUCUAAGAUAAUUGUUUUAUAGAAUUAUUAUAGACUAUAAAAAACAUUAAAUUUAAAAUAGACGAUUAAUAUUUCUCACUGGCAACACUAUUUAAUAUAAAUUUUAAAAUGUAAAGGCUGUGCUUGUAGGGUAAAAAGUGUAAUAGACGGAUGUUUUGUAUAGAUUUAUAAUGAUAAAAUGACUUUAUGUAAAUACUCUUUAGAUAUAUGUAUAGAAUAAAUUAAUGUAAUGAAUUACAAA